AUGUCGUCAGACGAAAUCGUAUGGCAGGUUAUAAACCAACAAUUUUGCUCCUUCAAACUGAAGACUACAAAAGGCCAAACUUUCUGCCGAAACGAACAUAACGUGACCGGUCUCUGCAAUCGGCAAUCAUGUCCUCUGGCAAACUCCCGCUAUGCCACGGUCCGUUCUGACCAUGCUACGGGCGCUAUGUACCUCUACAUGAAGACCAUUGAGCGUUCGCAUAUGCCCAGUAAGUGGUGGGAACGGAUACGGUUAUCGUCCAACUAUGCGAAAGCGCUCGAGCAAGUCGACGAGCGCUUAAUCUACUGGCCCAAGUUCUUGAUUCACAAGUGCAAACAGCGCCUUACUAGGCUGACUCAGGUGGCCAUACGGACAAGGAAGCUUAUGAAGGAAGAUGAGAGGUUAGGGGAGAAAUUGGUUGCGAAGUUGGCGCCUAAGAUCAGGCGGCGAGAGGAAACUAGGGAACGUAAAGCGGAAGCUGCUGCGAAGGUGGAGAGGGCUAUUGAGAGGGAAUUGAUUGAAAGGUUACGAAGCGGCGCUUAUGGCGAUCGGCCUCUUAAUGUUGAGGAAGGGGUGUGGAAGAAGGUUCUCCGUGGUUUGGAAAGGCAGGGAGAGGGGGAACGGGAUGAAGAUCUUGAUGAGGGUAUUGAGGACGAGGAGGAGGAGGAAGAUGGUGAGGAGGAAGGCGUUGGUAAAAGUAAAGUUGAGUAUGUUAGCGACCUUGACGAAGAUGAGGAGGACGAUUUGGCGGAUAUCGAGGACUGGCUAGGCGGCGAUAGUGCGGAAGAGGACGAGGAGGACGAUGAAGAUGACGACGACGAUGAUAGCGAUGAAGAGAGCGGGGAGAGCAGUGAGGCAGACGAAGAAGCUAAGAAACCUGCCGCCGGGACUAAGAGGAAGCGCGUCGCUCCCCCACCCAAGCCAAGAAAGAAAGGGGGCCGAGUCGAGAUUGAGUACGAGAUAGAAGGGCUAGUGAAGGAGGGGAUAUUUUCUUGA